AAUCAUGUAGAGAAAGAGAGAGGAGAGAUUUUCCUGUCGUACAAGAGGCUCUCCAUCCCUACCUCACCCUCUAGAGAGAGAUCCUUUUUUGUGAGGUUCUUCAUCCCCACCUCACCACACUGCCCCUCAGAGAGGGAGAUCCAAUUUAGAGAGGUGAGAGAAUAUUUAUUGACCAAGACUAACGAGAGAGAGAGAACUGAAGCCGAAAGGAAGAAGCAUUUCUUCUGAUGGCGGUGGCACCUCUUCACCCCAUAGCAGAGGCGAACGAGCGGAGCCCAUUUGGGGACUUCACCCCCGAUCAAUUCUAUGAUCGCCAUGGCAUCACCCACUCGUCGUCAUUCAUGCGCAACGCACGUGGCAUGAACAUCUUCACCCAGUCAUGGCUCCCCAUCAAGAAUGACCAUGAUAGUAAGCAAGUAAUGGGCAUUGUGUGUGUGGUACAUGGGUUCACAGGGGAGAGUAGCUGGUUUGUUCAGCUCACAGCAGUGGCCAUGGCAAAGCAGGGGUUUGCGUGCUGCGCUCUCGACCACCAGGGCCAUGGCUUGUCGGAUGGCCUCUCUACUCACAUCCCCAACAUCGAACCUGUCCUCGAUGACUGCCAGGCUUUCUUCUCUAACUUCCGCUCGCGCUUCCCCCCCUCAUUACCAGCCUUCCUCUAUGCCGAAUCCCUCGGGGGUGCCAUGGCCCUCUUCCUCCACCUCCGCGACAAGCGCUCGUGGUCUGGCCUCAUCCUCAAUGGUGCAAUGUGCGGGAUCAGCCCACGCUUCAAACCUCCAUGGCCCCUUGAGCACCUUCUAUGGAUUGCCGCUGCCGUUGCGCCCACCUGGCGCCUGGUCCCCACGCGCGGCAUACCGCGUGCCUCAUUCAAAGAAGAGUGGAAGUUCAGACUUGCAGUGGCGAGCCCUUACCGGACCGCGAGGAAGCCGAGGGCGGGGACCGCACUUGAGCUCCUAAGGAUUUGCAAAGUGUUGCAAGAGCGAUUCGAGGAGGUGGAGGCACCAAUGCUCGUGGUUCACGGUGAGGAAGACAGAGUCUGUGAUCCAAAGGGAGUGGAAGAGCUCGUGAGGAGGGCAGGGAGUAAGGACAAGACACUGAAGAUUUAUGAGGGGAUGUGGCAUCAGCUGGUGGGGGAGCCUCAGGAGAAUGUAGAGAAGGUGUUUGGAGACAUCAUUAAUUGGCUUAAGGAGCGGGCCACACGAGCUAGAGCUCAUGCCGGUGCCCAAUAGUUUUAAUAGUUGGCUUCAUGCUCGAUAAGGGUAUAUACUCCAGUUUCAAUAUAAACUUUAGGGGUAUGCUAUCAAGGGUACGUACCAAGCAUGAAGAUGUAUCUCAUCAAUCGAAAAAGCAUCAAUGUCUCAGAUUUAUCACAUGCUGAACAAGCACAGUAAACAUCUACUUUUAGUGACCAGUUUGAAACCUCCUUAGAAACGGUUUGAAGACAAUAAUGUUUACAUCACUAGAUUUGAGUAGAAAUUACAGGUCAAUAGAUCUGCACCCACAGAUACUUUUUUCCCCCUGGUUCUAAGGAACACUGAGUUUACAGUCUCCAUUAAUCCCUGAAGAUAAUAAAUAUCUUUUUCUAUAGCCCAUGAAGAUAAUGAAUAUCAGCGAAGUAGAAAAUUCAUCUCACCAGAUCUGCCUCUUAUACAAACUUGCUUUGUUGGGGCCUAGUUCUUAGGAACGUGAGCUUUAUAGUCUCUCCUUAUCUGGAUCCAUAAAGAUUACAAUAGUGGCUUGUUUAUAGCACAAGAGAAAUUUCAUGUCAUUAUCUGCCUCUCAUACACAUAACCCAUCAGGGCCUAGUUCAUAGGUGUGAGCUUUAUAGGCUCUUUUUCUCGUGAUCUUUGAAGAUAAUAAUGGUGGCAAUAACUUGAGUUGAAUAGAAAUUUCAUGUCUUCGAAUGUGCCUCUUACAUAAACUGGCUUAGUGGCUUUGUUGAGCCCCAGUUUCUUAGGAA